AUGGUUCACUCACUCAUUACCUCUCUCGCCCUCUUCGGCGCAUCUGCCACGGCCCUCUCGGUCGGCUCAGCCCACGUCGUCAACCAAUGCAGCUACGAUGUCUACCUGUGCAACGUUCCUGCCUCUGGCGGCGGCUACGAGGAGUCCGACCAGACUCUGUCCGCCGGCAACUCGUGGACGCAGCAAUGGACCGAACUCUCCAACGGCGAUGGCUGGUCGAUCAAACUUUCCCACUCCACCGCGCUCGAAAACAUCCUCCAAUACGAGUACACCUUCCACAAUGACGGAAUCAUCUGGUACGACUUGAGUUGCGUCAACGGCAAUCCAUGGGACCAGGACUGGGAGAUCACUUCUAGCACCGACUCUUGCAGCCCCAAGCAGCAAGCCUACCGCUAUGCCACCGACGACGCAUACGGCAUGCAAGCUUGCUCCCAGGACGCUUCCAUCACCGUCACUCUCUGCUCUGGCGUGUCUCAGGACAACGGAACCGCCAUCACCUCUGCCUCCAGUUAUGGUUCUGACUCCAGCUCCGACUCCAGCUCUUCCUCUAGCUCUUACUUCAGCUCUUACUCCAGCUCUGACUCCGGCUCUGAUUCCUCUUCUUCCUCGUCCGCUGCCGCUUCGGCAUACAGCGCCCCAGCCUCGUCGGCAGCCUCCUCCACCGCUGCUCCUGCAUCGUCGGCUGCUCCGUCAUACAGCUCCAACUCUGACAACGACGAAUCACCCGCCGCGCCUUCGUCGACCUCAGCGCCUGUGUCCUACGGCUACGACUGGUACGGCAACGACGGAGAAGGACAGAGUUCCACUCCUACCCCCACCACCUUUGCCACCUCGACGACAGCCACCUCUGUCGACAAUAAUGGAGUGAUCGUCACGGAUGUGGAGACCGUCGUUGUCACCAACAUGGUCACCCAGACCGCCAUCGCCUACGGCCCCAACUCGCGGGUCAAGCGUCAACAGCACCAGCACGAGCACGAGCACCACGUACACGGUCACCAGCACCGAGCGGCAUAG